UAUGCACGGGUCACUGGGGGAGGGAGGCCUGGGAGCCCCCUAUUCCCGCUGGGGGGCGUCCAGCCCCCAGGAGCCCGCUGCCCCUCCCCUCGCAGGACGCCGCGCGCAGCAGGAGGCGGAGGAGGGCGCUGCUGCACGCCUCGCUCUGCGCCUCUCCCGGCUGCGGGGCCGCCAUGUCUCCGCUGCGCUGGGGCGCUUGGCUGCUGCUGCUCGCCGGCCCCGCAGCCUCCACCGCCAGCCCGGCAGACGAGAGCGGCGGGGCGCGGGGAGGGGGCCGAGGGGACGGGGAACGCGGGGCCCGGGACGAGCCGCAGCGGCAGCACCACGACUCCUCGUACGGCACCUUCGCCAGCGAGUUCUACGACCUGCGCUACCUCUCCGAGGAGGGUUACCCUUUCCCUACUGCUCCUCCUGUGGAUCCAUUUGCAAAAAUUAGAGUGGAUGAUUGUGGAAAAACCAAGGGAUGCUUUAGGUAUGGUAAACCUGGAUGUAAUGCUGAGACUUGUGACUAUUUUCUCAGUUAUCGUAGAAUAGGAGCUGAUGUAGAGUUCGAGUUGAGUGCUGACACUGAUGGCUGGGUGGCAGUAGGAUUUUCUUCAGACAAGAAAAUGGGCGGAGAUGAUGUCAUGGCUUGUGUUCAUGAUGAUAAUGGAAGGGUCCGAAUACAGCACUUUUAUAAUGUUGGUCAGUGGGCUAAAGAGAUCCAGCGAAAUCCAGCUAGAGAUGAAGAAGGGAUUUUUGAAAACAACCGUGUGACUUGUCGAUUUAAACGUCCUGUGUAUGUUCCCAGAGAUGAAACUAUUGUAGAUCUUCACUUGAGCUGGUACUAUUUGUUUGCUUGGGGUCCAGCAAUUCAGGGUUCUAUAACUCGGCAUGAUAUAGACUCACCGCCUGUAUCAGAGCGUGUUGUCAGUAUUUACAAGUAUGAAGACAUUUUUAUGCCAUCAGCUGCCUAUCAAACCUUUUCUUCUCCAUUCUGUUUGCUUCUUAUUGUUGCACUGACCUUUUAUUUAUUGAUGGGAACCCCAUGAUCACAGCUGGAUAUGUAUGGAAGAUUGUGAGAAUUUGUUAGUGAGAGUUCCUCAGGAUGGAUGCGUUUUCUGUUGGAAUUCAUAUCUCAUCGUCUAGCUGUUUUAUUGACAAUUUCAUCUUCUCAGCAAGGAAAUAACCUCUCCUUUGAGCAGUAAAGGUGUGCCAAAUAAUUAAGAAUAAUCAAGGAGCAAGUAACAAACCAUUUCCAGUGUAACUACUAGUUGUUGUUUAAUGAAAAAUACUUUUGUAAAAUGUGUGUGUGUAUGUUGGGGGGAAUUUAGUAAUGGACAUCUAGAAUUAAAUUAUUUAAUACACAGUUUCCUUCAAUUCAAAAAAUAAAAGUUGGGGAAAUAUUGUCUGUUAAAUACUUGUGGUGCAGAUAGCACACCUGUUUCUGAACUCAAAGUCAGGGUAAUGUCACGGCACUGCUGUUUAAUAAGGACUGCCUUGUGAUAAUGGGCUUUCACCUCCCAAACUACUUUGAAUUUGACAAAAGCAACUCACAGGCCUAAAUGGUUCUGGUGCUUUCCAAAACCAGAAAAUGCUUCACAUUCCCAGUACAAACAAAAUUAAACUUCCCAUUACAGAAUUCUAAUAAUUGUCUGUACUAUAAAAAUAAUUCUUAGACACAGCCAUACUUAAGAAGCUUUUUAUUAAUGAGAGAGGAUGGUAUAUAAACAAGGAAAAAGAAAAAGAAUGCUGGUAUAAAUUCUUCAUGAUACAGAACAAUUCCUAAAAAUAUAUAGAAUAUAGAAGCCUCUGCAAGCCAUAAAACAUCUUCCAAUAGGCAUAGUAUGUUUGUUUUUUAUGAAAAAAUGUUACUUAGAUGUAAAUGUCUUUUAAACAGCUGUUUUGCAGGAACCCUAAGGUGUCUGUUCUCACCUUGCUAUGUGCCCUAAAUUCCAUUCAUGUUAAAGAUGAGAAGGAGCAGCAGCUCAUUGUUCCCAGAGCAAUGCAAACAUGAUCUAUGGUACUAAUAUGGGAAUAAAUAAAAAGAGCCUUAAUUUCAGUUCCAUCAGAACCAUAGGUAAAAUUUAUUUAUCCACUGAGGAAAAGACAAUUCAAGCAUGACAAUAGAUUUUAAUUUUUUAUCCUUAAAAGAAGUAUUACAGAAAUGGGAAGAAAAUAGUUAAGUGUUAUUGGAAAUGGGACUUGCAGAAAUGUAUCAAAUGAUAGAUCACAACUUAUUCUAAAAUGUUUUGGGUUAUUGCUGUACAUUUUCACUGUCUACAUGAUAGGGAAUUUAAGAUUAGGGAAGGGAAGCAGCUGUCUCUUUAAAUACCUGAUCAUGCAGAUAACACGUGCACAAAUCUUCCAUCCACUCAAGUGGGAGUUCUGCAUGCUUAAGGGGUUGCAGGUUCAGUCCCUAAUUUAUACUACGGUAUUAGGCUGUUUUACCAAGAGAACACAGGGCUUGGCAUGUUUGAGAACUCUUUAGCUUUGUGUUCUUGUAGAGCAGGGGUUCUCAAACUGGGGGUCGCAAGGUUAUUACAUGGGGCGUCGCGAACUGUCAACCUCCACUCCAAACCCUGCUUUACCUCCAGCAUUUCUGAUGGUGUUAAAUAUAUAAAAACUGUUUUUAAUUUAUAAGGGGGGGUCGCACUCAGAGGUUUGCUAUGUGAAAGGGGUCACCAGUAAAAAAAAGUUUGAGAGCCACUGUUGUGGAGUGUCUUAGAGGUGAUGUUUCCAUCUUAGUUACUGCAUGGCGAGGCAAUAAGAAAAAAAUAAUUGGAGUUUUGUAAUUUGUGCAUCAUUACUCAGUGUAAAAUUUAAAGGUUGAUUUUUUUUUUUAAGGCUUUGCAUUCCUCAAAACCAUGUGCUUAAAGUAUGUAAAUGUUUGGUUUAAAUGAUUAUUUGCCUCCCUGGCAAGCUUUUUUUCCAUAUUUAAAAUUGCAACAUUUGUUUCAAAAAGGAGUAUUAAUUAGAAAAGCAGUUUAAAGUGUAAAGUGCUUCAUAAAUAGUGACUUUAUCUUAGUGCAUUUCAGUAAGUGAUCUCUCUAUACCUGAUUAA